AUUAGGAUUUCGGUCCAACACUGGUUUUUACGUAGAAAUCGAGCAUCCUUACCGCGAUAUGACAGCGUCCUUCCCCCCGAAAACGAAAUCUUAGCACCGCCUCGGAGACAUUUUGUGCGAAAAUACUAGAAUUGGCUCGGUGGUCGUCGGACAGAAAAGCUCCGUAUAUCUGAUUUCCCCUUCGGAGUGCGGCGAUUCAGCCCUGUCGCCGUCCGGGAGCAGUAUUGUUUACCGUGGGCAAGCGGAGACCAGGUCGUGACUUUCGAAGUGAUUUGCAGAAAAACGGCAUUUUUAUGCAAUUGUGCAUUUUUGUGGAGCUUCGCGCGAUUUUUGCAUGAAGAAAUUUGACGUCACGCAAAAUGGGUACUUUGAACAUCUAGAAAUUACGACGUUUUCUCCGGAAUGCAGAAAUCCACGUAAUUUUAUUUGAUUGACAGCUUGAAGUUCGAUUUUUACAUGGGGAAUAUUUUAUUCUGGGUUAUUUAAUGAUAAUAAUGUGGGUGUUGGGUGUUGGAUUAUCAUGGGGUGAAUGGCGGUGGCGAAGCGGGGCGCUAUUGCAUCUCUUUUGAAAGACACCGACUCUCACGUCAAGUAGUAGCUAACAGUUAACUUAGCUGGUAGCAGGCAAUUAGCUAGCUAUUAGCCAGUUAGCUCACGUUAGCAGGCUACCAGUUUGCUAAUGUGCUAACCGGGAAGAUUCGGGUUGAUAAAACAACUUCCCUGUCGUAAGGUUAACGAUUAUUACCUACUUGAGCAACCCGCCGGAGAAGAUAUCAACUAUGGCUGAAAACCUGCUGGACGUCGGACCUCCCAACUCCAAGCGGCCGAAGCUGAAUUCACCUGCCCUGUCAGCGACUGAUGGACCAGACCUGAGCUCACUGUCCUGGGAUGAUUUGGAGAAUGACCUUCCAGAUGAGUUGAUCCCUAAUGGAGAGCUGAUGGGCGUGAUGCCUUCAAAUGGUGGAACAGCACCUGGAGCUGGUGGGCCAGGUGGUGGUGGUGGGGCCACAGGCGUCCCAGAUGCAGCCGCCAAGCACAAGCAGCUCUCAGAGCUCCUUCGAGCCGGUAGCGCAUCCGGUAUUGCAGGCGCAGGGCUGAACUCAGCAAGCCCUCAGCCAGGCAGUAUGGGGUCUCAGCUGGGCACACCACUGGGUAAGAGCCCCAUAGGCCAGGGCUCCCCUAACAACCACCCAUCCCCCCAGGCCCAAAAAGCAGGAACACCUACUGGGGUAGCAGGACAGAACAACAACAAUAAUACUGCAACAAUGGGCUUGAACACAACAGGCUUCAACCAGGCCAUGAUGAAUAAUAGCCAGGGCCAUGCUGGGCUCUUGGCCCAGGGAGGGCAGCCCCAACCUGGGCAGGUGAUGAAUGGUGGUCUUGGACCUGGAGCUGGGAGAGGGCGGGGAGCAGGGGUGGCAGGCAUCCAGUACCAGGGACCGACAAUGCAGGGAGCAGCACCAGGACCAGGAGGAGCAGGGAGUGCAUUGGCAGAGACACUCACCCAGGGAGGACAGCAGAUGGGCGCUCACGCCACCCUCAGUGCUGCCCAGCAAGCAGGGAACAUGAGCAAGAUGGGCCUUGGCAGCAAUGGGGGUCCGUUUGCAGCUCAGUCCUACGGUCAGGGUGCCACAGGGCCCAGCCAGCAGCUAAACCCUCAGCAGCAGCUCCAGAACAAGGCUGCCCUCGCCAACAGUCUGCCACCCUUCCCCAGUGAGCUCAAAGGGGCCGCUGUCACGAGUGUGCCAAACAUGCAGCUCCAGCAGCAGUCCCAGCAGCAGACCAUGCUGCCCCUGGCCGGCGGUGGAGGUGUGGCGGUGCCUUCAGCAGGUCCCACAGCCGACCCUGAGAAGCGGAAGCUGAUCCAGCAGCAGCUGGUCCUGCUGCUUCACGCACACAAGUGCCAGCGACGGGAGCAGGCCAACGGCGAGUUGAAGGCCUGCGCCCUGCCCCACUGCCGCACCAUGAAAAACGUCCUCAACCACAUGACCCACUGCCAGGCUGGGAAGUCCUGCCAGGUGGCUCACUGUGCGUCGUCCAGACAGAUCAUCUCCCACUGGAAAAAUUGCACACGACACGACUGUCCCGUCUGCCUGCCGUUGAAAAACGCCAGCGACAAGCGCACCCAGCAGCCCAUGCUGAGCUCCCCCAAUACGGGCCUCCAGAACCCCAUGUCCUCGGUUCGUGUGGGCCAGCCCAGUGCUCCCACCAUCAAUACCUCAGCCCCCAUAGACCCCAGCUCUAUGCAGAGAGCUUAUGCGGCACUUGGGCUGCCCUACAGCAGCCAGACCACUGGACAGGCCCAGACCCAGCAGGCCCCGGGCCCAGGACAGACAGCAGGCGCCCAGAAUGCCCAGCAGCUUCCACAGCAGAUGAGACCCAUCAAUGCACUCGGUAACCAGAUGGCUCUUGGAGGUGCGACAAUGGGCGUGAACACUUCAGAUCAGACCAACCUGCACACAGACUCCCUUCCCAACACACUCAACACUAACAAUCAGCUGCUGUCAGACGGGUCAGCUGUGGGCUCAAUGGGCAACCUACCCACAGCAGCACCCCUCUCUGCCACAGGCACCAGGAAAUCCUGGCACGAGCACGUCACUCAGGACCUGCGCAAUCACCUCGUACACAAACUAGUACAAGCCAUAUUCCCAACCCCUGACCCGGCAGCUUUGAAGGACAGACGAAUGGAGAACCUGGUGGCCUACGCCAGAAAGGUGGAGGGGGACAUGUAUGAGUCAGCUAACAGCCGGGAUGAGUACUAUCACUUCCUGGCUGAAAAAAUCUAUAAAAUCCAAAAGGAACUGGAGGAGAAGAGGCGCUCAAGGCUACAGAAGCAGAUCAUCAACCAGGCACCUCUGGCUGCACAGGCGACCCAGCAGCCCACCCUCCCCCAGCCCGGUGCCCUGGGCCCCAGGCCACAGAACGGAGCUGUUUCUCUGCCCAACAUGCCAAAUCAAAUCAUGAAUCGCAUGCAGGUUUCACAAGGAAUCAACCAGUUCAACCACAUGGCUCUGCCCAACGCCCAGAUAUCCCAGACACCCAUGGGAGCCCGAGCUGCCUCACCCAUGAACCACCCACAGCAAGUGAACAUGAGCUCCGUCCCAGCGAUGGGCAUGUCACCCUCCAGGAUGCCUCAAGCCCAGGGUAUGAUGACCGGUCACGGCGGCGGCAAUAUGGUGGGCCAGACGGCGAGCCAAGGGCAAUUUCUGGCUCAGACUCAGUUUCCUCCAGGAUCUGCUGCCGUCGCUGCAACGGGGGCCAUGAAUGUCACCGUGGGGCCUGGAAUGGGCCAGCCACCCGCACAGGCUGCUGUCACCCAGCAGCAGCAGCAGAGCGCUAACAUCCCCAUGAAUGCACUUGGGCCCUCGCUGGGCCCUCAGCUAGCCUCCUCCCAAACCCCCUUGCACUCCACACCUCCGCCGGCUGCCUCCUCCGCCUCCACGGCUGGGGGGUCCACUAACCUGCCGCACCCCCAGCCCUCCAGCCGCAGCUCCACCCCCACCCUCCCCGGCCCUGCCCCAGCCCAGGGUGCCACCCCGCCCCGCCCCACCCAGCCCCAAACCCAGGCGGAGCUCCCGGCAGCAGCACAGACGCAGCCCCCGCCUCAGCCCCCUACCACGCCGCUGUCAGCUCAGCCAGGGGCCAAUCUGGAUAACCGGGUGCCCACGCCGGCCUCAGCCGCCAGCGCCGAUCUGCCCGUCCAGGAGGUCAAAGCGGAGGCACACCACGACCAACAGGACUUUGAGGCCGCUGGCGGCAAAACUGAGCCCAAGAUGGAGACUGAGGACGACUCUGGUUCGACGUUGGUGAAGAAGGAGGAGCCAGAGGAGAAGCCACAGCCUAUGGAGGUUGAUGAGAAAAAGCCGGAAAUGAAGACAGAACCCAAAGAAGAGGAGGAGGGAGGAGCCAACAGCACAGCCUCCUCAUCUCCCUCUCAGUCACGGAGGAAAAUCUUUAAGCCAGAGGAGUUGCGCCAGGCUCUGAUGCCGACUCUUGAGUCUCUCUACAGGCAGGAUCCUGAGUCUCUGCCCUUCAGACAGCCAGUAGACCCCAUGCUUCUGGGUAUCCCGGACUACUUCGACAUUGUUAAGAACCCAAUCGAUCUGUCCACAAUUAAACGCAAGCUCGACACGGGCCAGUACCAGGAGCCCUGGCAAUACGUUGACGACGUCUGGCUGAUGUUCAACAACGCCUGGCUCUACAACCGCAAGACAUCCCGUGUGUACAAGUACUGCUCCAAGCUGGCCGAGGUGUUUGAGUCAGAGAUCGACCCCGUCAUGCAGGGCCUGGGCUACUGCUGUGGGAGGAAGUACGAGUUCUCUCCUCAGACCCUCUGUUGCUAUGGCAAGCAGCUCUGCACCAUACCUACUGGGGGCACAUACUACAGUUAUCAGAACAGGUACCAUUUCUGUGAGAAGUGCUUCAAUGAGAUCCAGGGGGAGAGUGUGACGCUAGGAGACGAUCCUGCACAGCCACAGACAAUGAUAUCGAAAGACCAAUUUGAAAGAAAGAAGAACGACGUACUCGACCCUGAACCGUUUGUUGAAUGUAAAGAUUGUGGACGGAAGAUGCACCAGAUAUGCGUCUUACACUACGAGGUCAUUUGGCCAUCCGGAUUCAUCUGUGACAACUGUUUGAAGAAGAGUGGAAAAACACGGAAGGAAAACAAGUUUUCUGCAAAACGGCUGCAGUCAACACGAUUGGGAAUGUACAUAGAGGAUCGUGUGAAUAAAUACUUGAAGAGACAGAACCACUCGGAGGCCGGCGAGGUGUUUGUGCGAGUGGUGGCGAGCUCCGACAAAACGGUGGAGGUUAAACCAGGCAUGAAAGCCAGGUUUGUCGACACGGGUGACAUGCCUGAGACCUUUCCCUACAGAACCAAAGCACUUUUCGCCUUUGAGGAGAUUGACGGUGUAGAUGUAUGCUUCUUUGGCAUGCAUGUGCAGGAGUACGGCUCUGAGUGCUCAUUUCCCAACACUAGACGGGUCUACAUAUCAUACCUUGACAGUAUUCACUUCUUCAGACCUCGGACUUUACGAACAGCAGUGUACCACGAAAUCCUCAUUGGCUACCUUGAAUAUGUCAAGAAACUCGGGUAUGCCCAGGGCCACAUCUGGGCGUGUCCGCCCAGUGAAGGGGACGACUACAUCUUCCACUGCCAUCCUCCUGACCAGAAGAUCCCUAAGCCUAAGAGGCUGCAGGAGUGGUAUAGGAAGAUGUUAGACAAGGCCUUUGCAGAGAGGAUCUUGCAUGACUACAAGGACAUCUUCAAACAGGCAACAGAGGACCGCCUGACCAGCGCCAAUGAGCUGCCCUACUUUGAAGGCGACUUCUGGCCCAACGUUCUGGAGGAGAGCAUCAAGGAGUUGGAACAGGAGGAGGAGGAGAGGAAGAAGGAGGAAAACACGGCUGCCACUGAAACACCUGAGGGUACACCAGGUGACAGCAAAAAUGCUAAGAAGAAGAACAACAAGAAGACCAAUAAAAACAAGAGUAGCGUGAGUCGAGCCAAUAAGAAGAAGCCUGGGAUGCCGAAUGUAGCCAAUGAUCUGUCCCAGAAGCUUUAUGCCACCAUGGAGAAGCACAAAGAGGUGUUCUUUGUGAUCCACUUCCACUCGGCUCCAAUGGUCAACACCCUUCCACCCAUCACUGACCCUGACCCCAUGCUCUCCUGUGACCUGAUGGAUGGACGUGACGCCUUCCUGACUCUGGCCAGGGACAAACACUGGGAGUUCAGCUCCCUCAGGAGGUGCAAGUGGAGCACCAUGUGCAUGCUGGUUGAGCUGCACAACCAGGGACAGGACCGCUUUGUCUACACUUGCAACGAGUGCAAGCACCAUGUGGAGACACGCUGGCACUGCACAGUGUGCGAGGACUUUGAUCUUUGCAUUAAUUGUUACAACUUGAAGGGCCACGAGCACCAGAUGGUGAAGUGGGGCCUAGGCCUGGACGACGACAACAACAGCCAGAGUGGAGAAGCUUCCAAGAGCCCCCAGGAGAGCCGACGCUUAAGUAUCCAACGCUGCAUCCAGUCCCUGGUCCACGCUUGUCAGUGUCGCAAUGCCAACUGCUCUCUGCCGUCCUGCCAGAAGAUGAAGCGAGUGGUACAGCACACCAAGGGCUGCAAACGCAAAACCAACGGUGGCUGUCCUGUAUGCAAGCAGCUCAUUGCUUUAUGCUGUUACCAUGCAAAGCACUGUCAGGAGAACAAGUGUCCCGUCCCAUUCUGCCUGAACAUCAAGCACAAGCUACGCCAGCAGCAGCUGCAGCACAGGCUCCAACAGGCCCAGCUGAUGAGGAGAAGAAUGGCUACCAUGCAAGGCAGAACCAUGCCGUUACCGUCCCCACCGGCUUCAGCUGCCCCCAGCACUCCCAAUUCCCAUGCCCAGCCCAACACUCCCCAGACGUCCCAGCAGCCACUCUCCAACCAGCCGCAGACCCCCAACUCAGCAGGUGUUAUGUCGCCCUCUUUUCCCAAUGCCCCUCGCAAUGGCCAGCCUCAGGCAUCAAUUUCCCAGGGCAAGCCUGGGCCCCAGGCCUCCCCUCUACACCAGCAGCAGUCCCCUCUUCCCCAGCCACCCCAGCAACCUCAACAGCUACCACAGCAGCCUCCCCUUGCUGCUGUCAAGAUGGCACGUCACAUCGAGAUGAUGGCACAGGCCCAGCAGAACCAGCAGAACUACCGGGUCAACAUGAACGGCUUGGCCAUGAACCCCCAGCAGCCACAGCAACGCAUGACUGGACCAAUGCAGCCACCCAUGCAGAUGGUUCCAGGGCCCCGGGGACCACAGGUCUUGCAACCCGGCAUGGCCCCGGGACAGUGGCCUGGAGCUGCAGGGCCCAUGCAGGCAGCUCAGAAUCAACAACCAGGCCUCAUCCCAGGACAGACCCCACAGCAGGCCAUGACCAUGCAGAGAGCCAUGAUGGCCCCAGGGCAGCAACCUCAGCAGAGCCAGAGGAUGCUGAUACCACAGCAGCCUGGUGCUCGGCCACAGACACCGCAGAGACCUGGUGCUAUAGCCCCCAACGCUCUCCAGGACCUUCUGCGUACCCUCAAGUCUCCCAGCUCACCCCAGCAGCAGCAGCAAGUCCUAAACAUCCUCAAAUCAAACCCUCAGCUAAUGGCUGCUUUUAUCAAACAGCGAACAGCCAAGUACCAUGCCAACCAACCGCAGCAGACAGGUCAGCAACAGCAGCCUGGUAUGCCAACAAUGCAGGCCAUGGCCAUGCCAGGUGGGGCGGUUCAGAGACCGGGGAUGCCCCCUCAGCAGCCCCAGCAGCCUCCUGCUCAGGGCAUGGCCGCAUUAGGGGCUCAAGGGCAGCUGAUGAAUGCAGCACACAACCCCACCCAACAAAUCCAGGAGCUCUACCGUCGGCAGCUCCUAAGACAACAGCAGCAGCAGCAACAACAGCAGCAGCAGCAACAACAACAACAACAACAGGGAGUGAUGCCUCAGGGCCACCCAGGCCAGUUCCCUGCUCAGGCGCAGGGCACAGCAGCUACAUACUCCCAGCUCCGCAUGCAGCAGCAACAGCAGCAGAUAGCCAUGCAGGCACCCAUGGCUCAGAUGGCCCAGCCUGGCAUGGGGAUGGACUCCACCCAGAACUUACUGCACCAACGAAUUCUACAGCAGCAGCAGCAGCUUCCCCAGCAGCAGCAGCAGGCCGUCCUCAAGCAGCAGAUGGGCUCUCCUGCCCAGCCCAGCCCAAUGAGUCCCCAGACCCACCUGCUGGCCGGCCAGCCUCAGGGUGGAGCCCACCUCCCCGGCCAGCCCGCGCUAGCCAAUGCCCUCAGCAACCAGGUCCGUUCCCCCGCGCCAGUUCAGUCCCCUUGUCCACCCUCGCAGACGCCACAUUCCAGUCCCUCACCGCAGGUCCAGAACCAACCGCAGCCCUCGCCGCAGCACCUGCCUCCACCCCACUCGGGUUCCCCCCACCACUUGGGGACACCAGAACAGAGCGCCAUGCUACCGCAGCUUAACACGCCCAACAGAGGGGGGCUGAACAGUGACUUGGGGAUGGUGGGAGAUGCUACAGGAGACACUCUGGAGAAAUUUGUGGAGGGAUUGUAGCAUUUCUGCUGGGAACUAAAGAACACAGUCUUGCUCCCAGGGACCCAUCCUCCCACACCUCCUAGUUUCCCCUCAGACUCUUUAUCCCGUUAGAGGGCUUUCUUUGUUCUUUCUAAGGUUGAGAACGUUCUUUUGUACUGACAUGUAAAAAGUUUCCACUGUUGUAAAAAGAAAAAAAAAACAUUUGGUCAAGGGAGAAAAAAAAAAAAGUCAACACUUCUAGGGAAUGUAAUUGUUUCCUAAAACCAGAGUAAUGGGUAUUUCUUCCUUAAGAUGUUGAGGGAUUUGCAAGUUUGCUUCUUAAAUGAAAUUUGAAUCAAAAAGAAUAUAUUUUUUGGUUGAGACCAAAUGUGCUCAAAUAUUCAAUUUAUUUUUGGUUUGUUUUGGUAUGAUUUCAUGCCUUUCUUGUUUCUUUUUUUUAAAAGAAAAUGUACAAUUGCAUUAUAUUAUUCAUAUCUUUUUAUUUUGUACCUUUGGAAAAAAAACCUUAAAGCAUUUUUUUGUGUUGAAACUGUAAAAUAAUUUGUCUGGGAAUUGGGCCAGGUUUUUUGUUCUCUUCUCAAGCUGUCAUUCCUGGCAAUUGUAAUCAUACGUUGUACCAUUACUCCAAGACGAUGUGUUCAGGGACAGAGGCCGCAACCUUCCUCCUUGUGUGUAUGAAGAGCACUCAGUUGUAUUAAAAAUAGGAAACAGACUGCGGCAGGUUGUGUAUACAUGGGCAUGUAUGCAGGCGCACAUGAAGACACUGACACACACCCUCACAGUCACUAAAAGAAACACAUGGACAGCAGCCUACAUCUCAGUGGCCUGGAAAUUGGAAAAAUCUGUCUUGCAGGUGUAGAAAAUUGUUGCUUUGACAUUAAAAAAAAGAAGAAUUUGUCAUACGUAUUUUUUUUUUUUCAUUUUGUCAUACACAUAUUGUAAAGUGUAAAGAGAAUGUGAGAAAGAGACCAGCCCCCUAAGCUGAGGUGGAAUGAUCACCGGUUGCGCCACAUCUCGGAUGAUGCCCCAUCCUCUAAAUUUUACACUAAGCUGUGUGUGCGAUCUAGGGAUGAAGGGCACAUUGGAGAUUUCCCCCUGAGGAAAACUAAAUGUUAUCAACGCUCAUUCCUCUCGCAAAAACUUGAAUUAGGGGGGAUUUACUUUUUCUCGUAUUGUAAAUCAAGUUAUUAAGCAAAAUACUAUAAAUAUAAGGAAGAGAGAAUGAAAUCACUGUAUAAACUGGUAAAAGACUCAUUUCUUACUUAUAUACCAUAUUGUUAAAUAAACUGUGCAACAGAAGAACUCUAGUACUCUGUUGACUAAAUAAUGAUGCA